UCUGAGAGGGAGGCUCGGAGCUGGGGGAGAAGGGCUGCAGAGCCCUGGCCCCUGCCCUCCCGGGGCUGGAGUCAGCACUCUCGCUGGGAGGAGCAGCCUUGGCUUCGCCCUCUUUGGUGCUGAUCCAGAGUCGCCCCGCCACCCCUUUCAGCGGCUACAUCCCAUUUCCUUUCCGAAUCUUUGAAGAAGUGAAAGCCACCCUUUCUUGAGUGUCGGAGGGGAGGUGUGAUGUCCGAAUGACUACUGUUUGCGCAGGACCUGCUGUGUGCUGAGACUGGGCGGGGGGGCUCCUGUGUGGUGCUGAUCCUCUGACUGCCCUGUGAUGUGUCAGGAGCUGGCCUUAGGAAGCCCAAGACUGAAUAGCAUUCGUCCACCUGUGCCGCUCCAACAGAAUACCCCAAACGGCAUGGGUUAGAAAGGACAGAAAUUAAUUUCUGACAUUUCUGGAGGCUGGACGUCCAGGGGACGGUUCAUCAACCACCAUCUUCUCGCUGUGUCCUCACAGCAGAAGGGCCAAGGGAGCUCUCUGGGCCCUCGUGCCUAAGGGCACUAAUCCCAUUCUGCGGGGGCUUCACCCUCAUGACCUAAUCACCUCCCAGGCCGUAUCCCGCCGCGUUGGGCAUUGGGUUUCCAGCAGGAAUUUGGGAGGCACACAAACGUUUAAUCGACAGCUGGAAUCCCUGGCAACAGGCCUGAGGUGAGGGUACUGUCAGUGGCUUCUUACGAGAACAGACAGGAGACAAGAGGAAGCUCUCAGCAAACACCCGAACGUCACGAGGUGGUGGAGGUGAUGACGGGCGCUUGUCUUGUCGCACCUUCUGUUGGCUGACAACUUGGGCAGUGUCAUGCCCGACCUUGAAGACAGAGAUUACUGCAGUUUGUGUGACAAACAGCCAAUUGGGAGGCUGCUUUUCCGGCAGUUCUGCGAAACCAGACCUGGGCUGGAGUCUUACAUUCAGUUCCUGGACUCAGUGGCAGAAUAUGAAGUUACUCCAGAUGAAAAACUGGGAGAAAAAGGGAAAGAGAUUAUGACCAAGUACCUCACCCCAAAGUCUCCAGGUUUCAUCGCCCAAGUCGGCCAGGACCUGGUCUCCCAGGCUGAGGAGAAGCUCCUCCAGAAACCCUGCAAAGAACUCUUUUCCACCUGCGUACAGUCCGUCCACGAAUACCUGCGGGGAGGACCCUUCCACGAGUACCUGGACAGCAUGUAUUUUGAUCGCUUUCUCCAGUGGAAGUGGUUGGAAAGGCAACCGGUAACCAAAACCACUUUCAGGCAGUACCGAGUACUAGGGAAAGGGGGCUUUGGGGAGGUCUGUGCCUGCCAGGUUCGGGCCACGGGUAAAAUGUACGCCUGUAAGCGCCUGGAGAAGAAGAGGAUCAAAAAGAGGAAAGGGGAGUCCAUGGCUCUGAAUGAGAAGCAAAUCCUGGAGAAGGUCAACAGUCAGUUUGUGGUCAACCUGGCCUACGCCUACGAGACCAAGGACGCGCUGUGCUUGGUCCUGACCAUCAUGAAUGGGGGGGACCUGAAGUUCCACAUCUACAACAUGGGGAACCCUGGCUUCGAGGAGGAGCGCGCCCUCUUCUACGCGGCGGAGAUCCUGUGCGGCUUGGAAGACCUGCACCGCGAGAACACCGUCUACCGAGACUUGAAACCCGAAAACAUCCUGUUAGAUGAUUACGGCCACAUUAGGAUCUCGGACCUGGGCCUGGCUGUGAAGAUCCCCGAGGGCGACCUGAUCCGAGGCCGGGUGGGCACCGUCGGCUACAUGGCCCCGGAGGUCCUGAACAACCAGAGGUAUGGCCUGAGCCCUGACUACUGGGGCCUGGGCUGCCUCAUCUACGAGAUGAUCGAGGGCCAGUCGCCCUUCCGCGGCCGCAAGGAGAAGGUGAAGAGGGAGGAGGUGGACCGCCGGGUCCUGGAGACGGAGGAGGUGUACUCGCACAAGUUCUCCGAGGAGGCCAAGUCCAUCUGCAAAAUGCUGCUCACCAAAGAUGCAAAGCAGAGGCUGGGCUGCCAGGAGGAGGGGGCUGCAGAGGUCAAAAGACACCCCUUCUUCAGGAACAUGAAUUUCAAGCGCUUAGAAGCUGGGAUGUUGGAUCCUCCCUUUGUUCCGGAUCCCCGGGCCGUGUACUGCAAGGAUGUGCUGGACAUCGAGCAGUUCUCCACUGUCAAGGGCGUCAACCUGGACCACACGGACGACGACUUCUACUCCAAGUUCUCCACGGGCUCCGUGCCCAUCCCGUGGCAGAGCGAGAUGAUAGAAACGGAGUGCUUUAAGGAGCUGAACGUGUUUGGACCUAACGGUACCCUCUCACCGGACCUGAACAGAAGCCACCCUCCGGAACCACCGAAGAAAGGGCUGCUCCACAGGCUCUUCAAGCGUCAGCAUCAGAACAAUUCCAAGAGUUCACCCAACUCCAAGGCCAGUUUUAACCACCACAUAAAUUCAAACCAUGUCAGUUCAAACUCCACCGGGAGCAGCUAGUUGCAGCUCUGGCCUUGAAGUCCAUGGCGGGACCAGCCUAGACCCUUCUCAUUCGAAGCAGACUUGGGACCGGUGGAGCUUCCGCUCUGGCGGGGCGGACGGGACAGCCAUCCAGGAGCAGGAGAAGGAGGCGUCCUCUCCCGCGACCAGGGGCCUCCAGGUUCCUCAGAGAGAUUCCCACUCAGCUCUGUGUUCGGAGGCGGCCCUCAAGCCGAGGUGGAUCGGCCGUGUCUCUGUUGAACAUUGCAAUAGAACUCCAAUUGGAUACCACAACUUGCACGUAUUUUAAUAGCGUCAUAACUAGAACUGAAUUUUGUCUUUAUUAUUUUUAAAGAAAAGUUUUGUAAAUUUCUCUAUUGUCUCAGUUUACAUUUUGUAUAUUUGUAUUUAAAUGAAAGUCAGACUUUGAGGGUGUAUAUUUUCUGUGCAGCCACUGCUAAGCCAUGUGUUUUGACAUUUUAGAGGGGGUGGGUGGGGGGUUUACAAAAAAAAAAAAAAUGUGACUCAAGACUUCCAAGAGCCUCAAAUGAGAAAGUGUUUUUAUUAAAUGUAGAAGAUGAUUCACAUUUCACCUUUAAAGGAUUGGGUGUAUCCAUCUCUCUAACUUUACCCUCGCAUUGGUAUCACCAUUCUGUUGGCUUGUGGACAAUCUGAAUUAAGAGCUCAAAGACCCACUGAGACUUCACCCCCAGCCAGAAUGUCUUCUUUUGGGGUCCUCGGAGUUGCCGGGGCAGCUCUGUCAAGGUGUGCACGUUUCCUUUCGGGGCGUGUGAGGCUGUUGUUGCUUUGGCCUCUGCCUCCUCUUCCUUCUCUUCCUUCUAGAAGGUGGCCGGUACGUGGAUCUAAGGAUCCUCUCAGCACAGUGGUGUCUGGGCCUCUUUCUGAACAGGUUCUGAUUGCUAAAGCCAGUGUGUUUUCAAGAGGCUUGCAUUUGGGGAUUGUUUUAUUCCAUUUUUAAGAAAAGCAUAGCAAAGAUGAGUAGUCAUGGAAACCCAAGAGCUUGAAACUCUGAUGUCCCAUGGGAGUGUCAGGGAGCAGGGGUCGUAGGGUCAACCCUGAAGUGUCUGUAGACGGGGAGAGUGGCUUGCCCAGGGAUUCCAGGCACGUCCCUUGAGUGUUUACAGGGUCAUGGGGUCUUGAGAGCUUCGUGAGGAGCCACAGACUCAUUGGCCAGGCGGCAUGGAUGGAUGGGGUUGGCUCUACAAGCAAAGGGGAGCCCAAGGAGAGGCUGGGCCACCAAAGAAGCCCAAGACAAACUCACUGUCACUUCUGGGAGAGGUGGGGCAGAGCUGAGUUCUAACUGGGCAUCUCAAAGCUUCAGGCCCAAGUAGCCCCAGGAGGACUUGGUGGCUUUGCCAGACCAGAGCCUCUAAAGGCAGCCCCCGGGCCCUCUGAGCCUGGCCAUCCAGCCCCAGGGAGUUGCCAGCCUUCCCCUGCUGCCUCCACAGGGUGACAAGGGGCAAAUCCACAUCCCCAGUCAGACCUGUUCUGGACCUCUGGUCACCUGCCAGGGUCUCUCCCCAUGUGCGCCCUGCUUCCUACAGCGAUGUCUCCUAUUAAAAUACAGAUUCUGGGCUCCACCCCAAACCUACAGAAUGGGAUCUCUGGGAGUAGAGCCCAGGAAUCUGCAUUCUUAAAAAGCUUGUCAGGUGGGUUCUGCUGCGCCCUGCGGAGUGGCAAGCACAGCCUUAGGCGUGGGUGUGGUUUGGAUGUGAUCUUCCUAGACCUCCUUCUCCCCGAAGCCUUGGAGCCUGAACUUCUUGGGAGGAGAGAAGCCAGCGUGUGACUGCGGCCCAACUCCCGUGCUCCUUCCCCAGACUUUGCCACUUGGGUCCCAGGGCACACUGGCAGACAAGGGCCUGACCUUUGCCACUGACCAUCCUGAGGCCACUUUACAAACAAAGGCGAGAGAAGAAAAGGUUGGGCCUCCCUCAGACCCCUUAAUGUGCGGCAUUAUUUUCCUCAAGGCCAGCUCUGGUCCCCGAGGCUGCUUCCCUUCCCUUUCUAGGGCUGAAUACAAGAUGCAUACAAACAGCCACACUCAGUUUUGGCCACGAAGUGGAAAGCUCUUUGACCAGUGUUUUCAGAUCCCCAAGGUCUUCCCGAUUGUCCUUUCUAAUGAAAAGGACAGUCAUCUUCCUGGGACAGUCACCGCUCUCCUGUCCAGGAGUUCGGUCAUUUUGCCCAAUUUACAGCAACCCCAACCUUUCCCCCCCGGUGUGAAGAGACCAGUCUCUUUCCAGCUCAAAGCCUGUCCGUUGGCAGUAGCGAAUCCCCAAAGAGCAAGAGAAAACCUAAAUCUGCUCAGUGUGUUUCUGCGCGAGAAGCACAGAUGCUGCGGCGCAGAGCUCUCCGUGGCGCCUAAGAUAAUGGGAAUCUUCCCAUUUGCUACUUGUCCCUGGAGCCCCCAGAGGACACGGGGUCAGAGCCACCGGCCUUUGCAAAUCUCCUCUUCUUUCUGGCCCAUUGCUUCAUACAGAGAAAGGGCGUCUUCACUGAGAACAGUGCCUGAAAGGUAGCCCCUUGGGGUCCCCAGUCACGACAGGUCCUGCCCCUGAGCCCUCCCCUUACUUCUACUCCAGCUUGUUUUCUAUAGCUGCAUUUUAAAGAUUUUUUAAUUUAAAACAAAACAAAACAAAACAAAAACUUUCCACUAUCCACCUGUCCAGGCAUAUACAGGUUGCAAGUGGAUUGAAAUCUUCUUACUGCACUUGAGCUCUUCAUGGAAGAGCCUUUCUUCCUCCACGUGUGACAUUUUCUUACCGGACCUUCGCUGACUUCGUGCCUUUGAGGUGAGACGCAGGGUCUUCCAGAAUCGUCUCUGCUUCCACUUCAGGAGACAAGCUGCGGUCCCAGUGGGACAGAGGUGGUCUCUGCCAUGAUCACCAUGACCCGUGAGUGCUUCUCGAGCCUCUGGGAAGCUCCAUAAGUUCACGGUGACCCAAGCCCACCUUCACCGAGGAUGGCACCGCCACCUGCAUCAGCUCAUCCUCUGGUCUUUCCAGGCUGGGCACAUCACUUUUUAAACCACGAUGCUUCUUGGGAGGGUGGCUCACUUGCCCAGGGGCUAAGAGUUGCUCUGUCUCAAGCCCCAGGAAGGCUUAUUUCCCAAAAUGCACGGCUCUUAGCAAAGCAGAGCACUCGGGCUUGGAGGCCGUGCUGCUCAGAAGCAGGUGGUGUGGCCUGGGGUAUGCACACUUCUUGGCAGCCCAUGGGGGCAAAUGGCAAUUCUGGGGACACAUAUGUGGACAUGGCCUUAGCCUAGAAGGCACAAGAGGGACACGGCUGCCUGCCCUUGAACCUAGCAAGCCCUAGCAUGCUGAGGACUUGCCCUCUGAGAAGCCAGGGGCCCCCAUGUCCAUGUCCUUUCCCAAAGCGUUUCCCACCAACUUUCUCAUGCAAGUUGCGGGCCCCGACCUCAGUACCAAGGGAACCUGGCAUCCCAGGCCUCGCCAAAGGGAACAGCAUCCAGGGGGACCGCCGGAAGUCCACCAAGAUGAAGAGGAAAGGCCAGUCAGAGUGACAGCUGUCUCUCCUCUCACGCUGCUGUGUGCUUGAGCAUCCGAGGGCCACCUCUCUGGUUGUCUCCUAUUCGCUAGCUCCACGUUCUGCAAUAGGACUGUCUAACGGUCCAACCUUUGUAGGGAAAGAGUGGUGUGACAUCUUUGCGCAUUUCCAUGUGCCAGAACUGUGAGUCAUCAACAGCAGAGAGCUGCUGCUUUCUGAUCACAACAGACCACGAUGGUGAGGCCAUGGUGACAACUUUUACAAACAACCAACCAGCCCAGCUACUGAAGCUCCAACGAGUGUGGGUCAGACGCUGCUCUGGCGCAGCAGCCUCAUCUGUUCUUUCUUUUUUUUUGGCCUUUUGUCUUUUUAGGGCUGUACCUGAGGCAUGUGGAGGUUCCCAGGCCAGCAGUCGAAUCGGAGCUGUAGCCGCUGGCCUACACCACAGCCAUAGCAACGCGGGAUCCGAGCCUCCUCUGCAACCGACACCACAGCUCACGGCAACACCACACCGGAGCCUCAACCCACUGAGUGAGGCCAGGGAUCGAACUCACACCCUCAUGGAUACUAGUCGGGUUCAGUAACCACUGAGCCACAAUGGGAACUCCUGCUCUAACUUUAAAAGCUUGUGCUGGGGACACUGGUUAAAACAUUUGAAAAGUUGGCUCUCCUUAGGAGGGAAAGACACCUCCCCAAAGAAGAAUCUCUAUGUCUUUUCCUAGCCCAUCAAUAAGUCAUUUUUGUAAUAGAUCAAAAGCAAAUGUUCUCAAUUAGAAGAGUUUAGUGGCUGUUGGUAGUGAUAAAAUAAUAAUCCUACUAGUAUCCAAAGGUUUCUAUUUUGUUUUUCAGGGAUAUUUUAACAUUGAUGAAUAAAAAUAGUUCCAUUUGGGAGGUCAUUCCCGAAGAUGUCGGCUUUUGUUCUCCUGCUGCUCUGAACCUUUGUAUGUUCCGUCAAAUAUGUCACAGUGCUGCUGUAUCUAGAUCGAACCACUGUUGUUGUUUUUUUAAGAGAAAUAAAUUCCUUAAUGAAAAUA